CCCAUUUGUUCUUCAGACGUUAUGGCAGUUGCUGGCGGUUGAUUCAAGUUCGCAUCCGAUUUUGAACGGGUUUUAGUGUAGCUUCAUUUUCUUCUCCCGGCUUGCCUACUCGAAACACAUGUAGACAUGGGACAGUACCUGAGCAGGUCUGUUGGCGAAAACAGCGGUAUGCCCGCGCAGAGCACCCCGUUGCCUGUGCGAAGGCAUGCCCGAAUGCUGACUCUCUCGGAAUUAGACCCCCGAUCUCCCACCACCGAGAUUAUGAGAACCCCGAUACAGAUGGAGGAAUCUGUGACACCCGACUAUUUGACACAGGAAGGUGUUGACAUCGACCCAAGGUCUCCCACAACUGCAUUCCAGCGCACUCCGAUACCACUCGGAGUGAUGAUCAAAAGGAAAGUGGAUGCGGAAAGCCCGAUGGCUGUGUGCUACGAGAAGAGACGUGUUUCUGAGAAUGCCUCGCAUAGUCCAGGCACAGUGAAACGCAAAGAGAGGAAGGUGAAAAAAUCUGAUGAAGACCUCAGUGGCACUCUGGAGCAGUUGACAGUGAGCAACACGCCACCAUGUGAACGCUUCGCACUGAAGAGCACGAGCCGCCCAAACACCCUGUUGAGGUCUCUACAGGAAAGCAAUUUGCAGAGAGCUGGCAAAGCAGACUACGUGGCUGCUCCCAAACGGUCCAACUCGUCGGAGGAGAAGGAGAACAGCAUCAUGCCAGCAAAUGCAUAGCACUGCACUUAAUCAAUGCACACGCUUGCAUAUAUAUGUGUGUUGUGCACUUAUUUUAUCUUCAGGUUACUUUUAUUUUCAAGGUUUUAAAUGGAAAUGACAAUAUCAGCUACAGUGAUCUCAUUUCAGCGUGACGACAUGUCCUUUUCAAGGGCCCCGUCAGCGUAUCCUUUGUGUGCGUGGGUGUGGUUCCUCUGCUUGCUUCCCUUUGGCAGAUACCGUCUUGGCGUCCGAUGGAAGAAGCUACACUUAUGCUGUCUGGGUAGUUCGAGAGUGGCUUGGUUUGUGUCUUUGGCUUCACGUGUUGGAUGGAUGGAUGAGUCGCUUUGCUGAGUGUGGUGUCCAUGUAUUUUCCAGAGUGAUUUUUUUAUAACUACUAUCAGGAUGCUUUGAGCGAGUGCAGGGCCUCCAGUUUUUGCUACAUGUUAUGCACUGACUGUACAAAUAUAUUGAAAGCACGCUGAAUAAAGCAUCUUGCACAGUUUGGCUUUAUAAA